AUGGAUGGGGGUCCCCUACGAGAUGAGGGGAUCAUCUCGGCACGACCGGGCCGAGAUGACCAUUAUCAGAAACUAUGGACAGGAAAGGGGGCUCGGCUUGGGAUAGAAGGAAAUUUGUUUUUACACCAUGGAAGAUGUUUCUCUGGAAGAAAUGGAAGAUCAAGCCAAUAUUCAGCUUUCGCCACCUCGAAAGAAGAGCAAAAUCUCAGUGAAUCCAGCUUAACUCAGGCAAAUGCUGCGAAUCUGCCACAGCCCCUGAUCCCAAACCACCUCAGGCACAAGAUUUAUGCUCACACAGGGCAAUGCAACUCUGUCUUAUUUCUCAACAAUUCAGAUUACUUGGUCACUGGUGCGAAAGACAAUGCCAUAAAAAUCUGGGACGCGAGAAAUGGAGCACAAGUUAACUCUUUCGAAGGUUUUCAAGGCGCAGUUUGUGAUAUGGCAAUCAGCAGAGACAACAGGUUACUAGUUGCAGGCCUCACCUCGCGAAAUAUAUGUGUAUGGGACUUGAAUUCAGGCCAAAUUCUUCAAACUUUGAAGGGCCAUCAGCAAAAAGUUUGUGCAGUUGAUAUUAGUAAAUUUGAGGAUGAAUAUUUGAUCAUCAGCGCUGCCCCUAGUGACUGCAUAAAGAUAUGGAACCUGCAACAUGAAUACCCUCUAACUAGCCUUCAUUUCUCUCCUAGUAACACUAAUGCCAUCUGUUUUGCAGAUGAAAGCAAAAUGUUCUGCUCAAGCCAUGAUGAUGGGAAAAUCAUGUUUUUUACCAUAGAAAAGCUGGUGACAUGA